UCUCAGGAUGAACUCUCCCGAUGCCAACGAUAUGGAUGACCAGCAGGAAGAUUGUGUCACCCACGAGCACAAUUGUUCUUUGCGAGAUGAACCACAUUUCCUACUGAGUCGUUUCAAGUCUCGCAAAAGUCUGGCCUUUCGCAUUCGUCGGUGGUUUCUCAUCGAUGCCAACCAUCCACAGACGAGGCGGUUCUACCGUUCGAGCUACCUCUACCGGACGGAGCUGAUUCGGCACAUCAAAAGCGAUUAUUGGUACAUCAUCCAUCCGUUCAGCAAGUUCCGGUUCUUCUGGGAUUGUUGGAUGUUGUUCUACAUCUAUGCAAUACUGUUGGUUAUACCGUUGACGGUCGGUUUUGCCGCCGCUUUGAGAACCGGUCACUACAUCUACAUUACAUCGGCAACGGUUAAUGUGUUGGCCAGUUUUGAAGUUAUGGUUAACUGUCUGACUGGAUUCUCGCGUAAUAAGUAUUACAGGAAUAUUCACUUGAAUCCGACGGAGAUCUUUGUGAACUAUUUGAAGAGGACAUUUAUGAUCGAUUUCUUAUUUGCCUUUCCCUUGAGCUUAUUGGCUAAGGUGUUCAUCCGGGAUAGUUCGGAAAAGUGGCUGCUGAGAGCUUUUGAUGUGGCCAAUGUACUGUUGAUUCUCAAAUUAAUAUCCGUGAGAUUGAUUUGGAGCUAUCUGAUGAAUAUAUUUGAGCGUUACAAAUUGAACAUGAUCUACUAUUACGUGAUUCGAUUGACACUUGUGUCCGGACUGUUUGUCCAUUGGUGCAUUUGCGUAUACAAAUUAGGAGUUGUGAUGGUCGAUAAUCCCGAGUUCGGCAUUGAUCCACCCUGGGAUGAACAUGUGAAGUACCUCCGCAACAUGGAUAACGGAAUGUUGGCUCGCUAUGGGAAGUGUUUCACAUCAGUCUUGUUCUACUUAUUUGUCCUGAGUUUUGGUGAGCUGGGUAUCCCGAAAACCGUACACGGAAAAAUAUUGGCAUCCAUCUGUAUAGUGGUGGGAAUUUGUUUUCAAACGUAUUUGUUUCUUCAAUUUUUCAAACUGAUCACAAUUAUGAGUUCAUCCAAAAGAAAGUACGCCGAAGCGAUUAGUCAACUGAAGGCCUAUAUGGCAAUGAAGCAGUUCCCUCGGGAAAUGAAAAAUCGAUUAAUGUACUACUACGAGAAGAAAUUCGAAAAAUGUUACUUUGAGGAGGAUAAGAUUAUAGAAGCAUUUUCAGAACCCUUGAGAAAUCAAAUCACCGACCAUAGCGCCGUACGAUUCUACGAGAAUGUUCCGAUUUUCCGUGGAAUACCGCAGCACAUGUUGCUUCUUUUGGCACGUAAUAUGGAGAAGGAAAUUUACCUGCCAAACGAUAUGAUAAUGAAAGCCGGAACCGUGGGGAUUGCAAUGUACUUCAUCUACACUGGAUCGGUUGCUGUCUAUACUCAGUCAGGCAAGGAGACGGGGCACUUGCAUGACGGGGACCAUUUUGGUGAAAUUUCACUUUUUCUCAAGAAUAAGCACUUGGUAAAUGUAAUCGCGAUCGAGUUUACCCAAAUCUUCGUACUGCGGCGGAAAGUGUUUGCCGAAUUCAUCCGGCCGGAACACGAGCUUUACCAGCGGUUGGAGACGGUGGCCAAGGAGCGGAUGCAGCAAACACUGCUCGAGGAGGAACAGCACAAAAGCCAUCUGCUCAUGGUAGAUGGAGGUGGAAACGAGUAGAAAGAGGCAUCUUGAGGUGUGAUGACAGCCUGCCGGUAGAAAUGUGCAGCAUCCAACAGCAGGGAAUGAAGUUGUUACCGAGGUUGUUACGCUUGUACACCACAUGAAAUGAGAGUUUUACUUGGAAUCAUAUUGUGAGUGGGGUGGAGGGCGGGUGUGAGUAAGGAUAUAAGAGGGAGAUAAAAUUAACGAGAUUUGUCCCGAUAAGCUCAGCUUGUGAAACUUUGCGUGAAAGGUGGGAUGGGAAGCAAGCGAUGUGCCAAAUGAAGACAUUUUCGACACGGCCAAGUGAUAAUUUUAUUGAGCAGAUUUGGCGAACGAGAUAAUAUUCAUUAACUUGCUCACUGAUAACGGUCGCUUGGGUGAGCAUUGGGGCAGAACAAA